AUGUCCUGCGAUACAACUAUCGAUGUGCACCUGGCAUUCGAGCUCUGGCCAAUUCGAUCACUGGACUUCUAUUCAGUCGGUUUCCUCAUGCUGCAGAUCACAUUCAGGAGACAGCUGGUAUGCAUCCCUGCUAGGUGCCUCGUGUACUGUGGGCCCAUAGAGCCUCGUCCUCAGGAGACAGAUGAUGAAGUCAAGGCUCGUGUUCGACCGCUUGUCCUAGAGACCAGCCGCCCAGCAGUGGCCAUUGCCGGAAGUGGAAGCUUGCAGUUGGGCUGGGCCAUCGACGCCAGCUCUACGGCCAUUCUGGUGCCUGCUGACGCCACAAGAGAGCAAUUGCGUGCUGAUGGAUGCCAAGCAACGAUCCUGACAGUUGCCGAGGCGAAGGGCCUGGAGUUUGACCUGGUCAUCGCCGUGCAGCUCCUUGGGAAAUCUUCCCACCAGUGGGCCAUCGGUUCUUUGGCAGAUGACAGCUCAGAGGGCUCUCAGCUUGCGAUGUUUGCGGCGUCGUCACAGGAUGGCGACAUGUUUUUGCAGCACAGCAACACCUGCUACCAGAUGAUUCCAGCCAUUCAUGAGUUCAAGGUCCUGUUUACAGCCCUGACACGCGCCAAGUUUGGUUGCGCCAUCUUGGAGGUGGACGCUGGGCGUAGUGCGUGGAAGCCUCUGCUGUCUCUCUGGUGCAAGGAAGGAGCUGUUGAGCACAUAGCAAGCAUGGCGGACUAUGUUCGACGGGUUGCUUCGGGAGAGAAGAAUACGCACGACUUGGCCUUGGACUUUCCAGAGGCAAGCCCGGUGGCAGAUUCCAGCUCCUCCGCUGAUGCAGGCGGUGACGUCAGUUUACCUGAGUAUGUGGCCUGGUCAGAGGCUGAGCUGGAGUGCAGGAAAGGCAGAGACCAUCGUCAACCAAGAGUGUUGCUCCGAGCUGAAUUGGCAAGAAUUGGCGAUGUGGACUUCCAGCUAAACUUGGGAUUCUGCGCAGCACCUGACUUUGUGUGGCAGAGGCCGGUGACACGUUCAACUGCAGCUUCAUCUGCAGCACCACCGACCAGGGAUGUCAGAAGCACAUCCCCCUGCCUCGAAAGUAAUGAAGUUCUUACCGGAGCGGAUGUGCCAGCCUUGAUCACCUUCAUGCGCCAGCACUUUCAACAUAAAGUUCUGGAGGACUUAAGGAUUCCUUUGCAGGAGCAGCAGGGGCAAGCUCUGCAGCUUCUGAUGCAUGCGUUGGACAGUCCCCUCGAUCGCACGGAGAUCUUCAAGGAGGCCUUGCAAGUGGCCCGACGUGGUCUGCUUCUGGCUGACAUGGUUCUUCAAGUGCAGCUUCGAAACGGUGGGAGGAGGCUCCCCGACAACUCUGGAGUCCCGUGGAGUCCCGUGGAUUCUUCCGCCUUUCCGGAACAAUGGAGAAUGCAGGCAGUCAUCCUGCAGGAGGCAUCCAGGCCACAGAGGAGUCCACUGUGCAAGCUCCGGAAGAUCAUGCUGUGGGUAAGCAUCUUCUCCUUUCUUGCAGACACAACGUUCAUGUAUGGCCAUGUUAGCCUGGUUGCAGAAAGGGUCGUGGAACAUGCUUCAGCACGGUAUGCUUUGCAACAAGUCCUCGUGCGAUCGAAGGCUGGGUACAAGCUAGCAACUGCCGUGCCGAAGGUGUACCUGGGAAUGUGCAGGUCUGAGCUGGAGGAGUGGGCGAGGCUGAUGUCCUUGAAGGCAAAGCGUGAGCAGUGGCAGGAGUGGCAUUUGCACUGGCAUGCGUGUGCAGAUGUGAUCUACUGUUCUGCAAGGGCUGCGCUGGCGGUGAAUGGCUUGGUACAUUGCAGCUCCCUGCAGAAUCAGACGAUUCUAGGUCAGCCCCCUCAACCAGAGAUCGAGGAGAGACGGCAACGACUGCCGCGGUGGAAGUGCUUCGUGCUGAAGCUUUUGACCAGAGCUGCGCUUCUGUCGUUCUCACGGAGAGCUCGGCCGCCGCUUGUCCACCUGCAGCCUCUUCGGGCAGAGCUUCGGAAGCCGCUGUGGCAAAUGUCUCCGUCGGAUUUCCGCUUGCUCACGCAACGUGCGGACCAUGUCCUGGAAGCGGCUGAGGCGGUUCUUCAGCGGCAGCUCAGGCAAGCUCACCAGCGCUACACACAAUGCUCCGAGGCCGGGCGUGCGUUUCUUUUCGCUGACGACACCUUCCACGCCACCCAAGCGCUGUCGGAGGCCAUGGCGGCGGUUCAAGAGAUUCUGAGUUUGAGCAGGGAGUAUCCGGUACUCUUGCGACCAAAUGGGCUCCUGAAGUCGGACAUCGAAGCAUUGCAACGUACAGUCCAUGCAACUUCGCAUGUGUCUUUGGCGACAGGUCCUGGAUGCAUGGGGCUAUUUAGGAGUGCGGCUUUGUGCUGGAUUUACUUGGCAACUGGUACAGGGAGAGACGUUUCGGCGGUAGAGUCUUGGCAUCAGGCAGAGAAGGCCCUGGCAGAAACGUCAGAUGCCUUUGGGGCUGCAGUGUGCGCGGCGCAGGCUCGUUAG